UGCUUUUGCUCCGUUGUGAAUCUGAAAACCUUUGCGGGACAAAAAGGGAGGGUUGUACUCGAUUUAGGAUCCAUCCCAUUCUGUGCGGCGAUCAUUCUGAUACCGCGGCGGAGGGGGUGGCUGGGGCGGAUUGUUUAGUUUUUCAUGGUGACAGUAGUUUUGCAAUGGAGGAAGUUUUCGGCCAACGUGGGACCGAGUGGAGAAGGUGCAAGGAAGGCCGCUUGUUCGACUGGACGGUGCCGACUGGUCACGGGGGGCAAGCAGAGUUGUGUCCGCAAAGAAGCCGCAGCAAGAUUGGAUUCCGCCGAGAAUUGCGGCAUUCUCCGCCUGAAAAUCGGCGUUCAGUCUGCUCUAAAACCUCUUGCCUCUCAUUCGAAUUGUUUGAGUUUGAGAAUAAGUUAAGACUGAAGGUUUGUUUCUUCGAGGUUAGUUUCUGAGCUCCUUGCACCGUUAUUUCCCCCCGCAGAGACAGAGACAGAGACAAGUUUGAUUCCUCGAGUUGGAGUGGCAUAACAAGGGGGAGAGGGAGCGGAGGAGAUUUGUGGUCUGCGUUAAGUUUCCAGGAGCUGUCAGGGGAGCUUGGAGUUUAGUGACAUCACGGAAAAGCCCUGUUCUGAUCAGAUCUGCUUAAUAUAAACCAGAAGAGAGAUCACAGAGAAUUAGAACCAGAGCGACAGUAUAAUCAUAGAGGAUUAUACAUAAAUCAGCAAACACCAGGCACCCUCGACUAGAAAUAAGCCAGAACGCCGGAGCGUUCGGGAGAAGGCAGCAGGAUCAGUCUGUGUGUGUGUGUGUGGAGUGAACCAUGACAUUGAACGACGCCAGACGGCGCAGUGGGUCGUCGCUGAGGCCGGUACACCAGCGCUGGAGCAUCCCGGCGGACGGCAGGCAGCUGUGGACGGGCAGUGCCCACAUGGUGCGCUCCAGGUCCUGCCUCCAUCCUACAGAACCUUACAGGGCGAGCUGGUCCUCUGAGUCCUCCGACUCCGUCAUCUCUACCGACUCCGGCAACAGUCUGUACAGAGUGGUCCUCAUCGGCGAAGCGGGGGUCGGCAAGUCCACUUUGACCAGUAUAUUCGCCGGUUUGCAGAAUAACACAGACAACUGGGACAUGUUAGGGGAAGACACCUAUGAACGAACGAUUACAGUUGAUGGCGAGGGCACUACUCUUAUUGUAAUGGAUACAUGGGAAAACAAGGAUGAAGAUAACUGGGUACAGGAUCACUGUAUGCAGAUAGGAGACGCAUACCUUAUCGUCUACUCCAUCACAGACAGAGCAAGCUUUGAGAAAGCUUCUGAGCUUCGCAUCCAGCUCCGGAGAAUCCGACAGGCUGAAGAUAUUCCAAUUAUACUAGUUGGGAAUAAGUGUGAUCUUGUGCGCUGCCGGGAAGUAUCUGUGGCAGAGGGGAGAUCUUGUGCUGUUGUUUUUGACUGCAAAUUCAUCGAGACUUCUGCUGCAGUCCAGCAUAACGUACAGGAGCUCUUUGAAGGAAUCGUGCGACAGGUCCGGCUUAGGAGAGACAGCAAAGAAGUGAACGAGCGAAGAAUGGCCCAAUACAAAAGGAGAGAAAGCUUUCCCAGGAAAGCCCGGCGCUUUUUGGAUAGACUAGUCGCAAAAAACAAUAAAAAGAUGGCUUAUAAAGUGCGAUCAAAAUCUUGUCAUGACCUUUCUGUACUAUAAAAAAACAUGGAUUGCCAUAGUUUAAAUGGUGACAGUUAAAUUAGCAGGCUAUUAUUAUGAAGGUUUUGGUUAAUCAAUCUAUAUUAGAUUACAUACUUGGACUCAAUUGGUUUGCAGUUGUGUCUAAUUUUAGAGUUGUGUUUGAAUACAUGAUAGCACCACUUCUAUAUUGGUGAAUAUUCCCCCAUUGUUUGUCAAUGAAAAGUUUUCAAUAUCAUUUUAUGAUAUUGCAUCUGUUGUAGGAGCUUGUUUAGUGUUUAUGUUCCUGAAAUGAAUUCUGGGGAUGAUUAAACUUCGGACAAUUUUGGCAUAAAACAGCUUUUCAACCUUGCAAUAAACAGCAGGGUCUUUUGCCCCUGUAUUGCAUUGUACAUCUAGUUGCUGAGAGGGGAUCAAAAGCAUUUCCUGAUUAUGACAAUCUGUCAUAACUUGCUGCAUGAUCACAAGUUAAUAAGGUGGGCAAGAAAUUUGUUUUAAGGUCUCUGGGAUGUUGCCUCUACAUUGGUCUAUAAUUGAUAAUCAGCCACCAGUUGGAAUGAUUUAUCUGAUAUCGAUCAUCCUAUCACCUGUAUUGAACAAACAAAUGUUCUUCUGCCAGUGGCUCAGUUGUAGAACUGGAAGGGCAGACAGGAUGAAUCUGCCUAUUUAACACAUAAACAUCCCAACAUGCAGUGCCCAGAGCCGUGGUAACCACCAUUAUAUAAAAAUGCCAUGAAAUCUAAAAUACAAAAUUACAAUUUUAUGAAGCCAUUCAACCCAUCACACUUGUCCCUUGUGUCUAUUUGUUCCCAUCCUCGAAAUACUCUUUCAUCUUUGGAUAAAUUUCAAUCUUCAGUAGUUAUUCAGUUUUUCACUGCCACUGUUGAGAUUGUAUUCCAUUUAAUAUUGUUUGUAUGAAGAAAUAAUUUGAAUAAACCAGCAUUUUUCUAAACUCUCUCUUUCAAAUAACUUUCAUUUUUAACUGUCAUAUAUUUUCAUAUAUAUUUUUCCAGGAAAGAUUUGUGCAUUUAUUAUGAAUAAUUCAACCAAAAGUCUUUUUUAAUAUUGUUAAUAUUAAUGUUGACAAAACGUUGUAUUUAUGAUGGACGUUUCUGAUUAUAAUCCAUUUUCAAACAGAACAAUGUUUAUUAAUUUUAUUAUGAACUUCAGUAUAUAACUUUGUGUACAGUGUGCGAGUUUGAAUCUUUUUUUGUGUAUAUUGGUGUCUGUAAGUCUGUCGGUUUCCAAGAUUAGGCCUAAUAGGGUCCAAUAUGAGAAAUAAAUUCUGGUUUCUCAAAAUAUUGAAUUAAACUCAGUCAACCAGAAAAAAAAUCCCAUCAAAAUUCACUUCUUGGCUAAAUUUGCCACUGAGUUCUUACUAAGUAUACUUACUGAGAACAAUUUUUAUUAGUUAUUCAGCAAUUUUGACUUUGUGUUUUCAUUGUGAAGGCUUAAUAACAACACGAGAAAUGAAACGUUUUGUGAUUUUUAUCUCCAUUGAAGUUGGUAAUUGUGUGCAAUAGUUGGUGUAUAAAAUAGAGCUGGUCACUCGGUGAGAGAUGUGACCAACAAUGUCGUGUUGCGCGGAACAAUAUCGCUAGUUUCCCUGCUCCAGGUGAACUUGCCUCAGACUAGAUGAAUAUUGCAUUCUACCUGGUCUUCAUUGUACAUCUGGGUAUGCUGCCACAGUCAGAUAAGUUUAAAUACGUCUUUGAUUGGUUGGGAAUGGGUGGGGAGUGAGACUCAGCUAACUAACAAAUAAGAGACUGACCAUGAUUCAGAAUGGUCAAGGCAAUUACAAAUCAUUUUGGAAAAUACAGAACAACAGUGUUAUUAAAGCAUUCUGAUAUUUAAUAUGAUAGAAAAAUAGUGAUAGAAAAGAACCAAAAGAUUGCUCAACAAAAGUGCUGCAGUAACCCAUUUAUUUUAAACUUUUUUGGUAAAACCACAGAUCAAUUUAUUCUGGUCUAAUUGACUGCCUAUUUUAAAUAUUGCUUUUAAAAUAAUUCUUCACCUGGAAAUAUUUCAAUAGAAGUGUGAGGUAGAAGUUUGACUUUGAAUGAACAUUAUAAUCCAGUUUUGAGAUUGGUCCCCUAUUAUGUAGCUCUAGUUUGAAGUCACUUUUUGUAAAGGAAAUUGUUAAAUAUUAUUUCUCAGUUUCAAGAUCUUCCUUUAAUUGAUGCCAUGAUAUAUGUUUAAUAUUUCAUUACCACACUAUUCAAUGACUAAAUAUAUGGUUUAUUGUUCAUACUGGAAUCUUC